AUGUGGCACUCCUCUAGGCUCAAAUCGGCCAGAAUGUCUCUGUUCAAAUCAGGUGUCUUUUGUGCUGGUACAAUCGUCUCUUCUUUUGUAAUUCUAGCGUAUGUUGAAGAACAAAGACUAAAAAAUGAACGAAAAGAACAGGUUAAUUUCUGGGGCAAAUUACAAUAUUACGUUGGCAAUCUUCACAGCAAUACGCUAAAAAGUCACAACGCCAAAUUCAACAAUCGAUUGACAUGGGAGCUGGAGAAUACCUGGUCCAGUCUCACAUCCGCCCAGAAGACUUUAUCUGCGCUGAUUCUGGCCAACACCGCUGUAUUUAUUGGAUGGAAAAUCCCAGCAUUGGUUCCCUUCAUGCAGCGCCAUUUUCUUCAUUCUCCGCUUUCCAGUCCACACACACUAUUAACAUCCUCUUUUAGCCAUUCCUCGUUCUUGCACCUAUCAUUUAACAUGAUAGCCCUAUCUGCAUUUGGUGGCUGGAUACAUCAAGAGCUUGGAAGAGAGCAAUUUUUAUUUAUGUAUCUUUCGGCCGCAGUGACCUCCUCGUUUGUUUCGCAAGCAUGGAAAGUGCUCGUUGGAAGAGAGAACAUGCUCCACAUACCAUCACUUGGCGCAUCUGGUGCGAUCAUGUCUUUGUUUGCAGCAACUGCUCAUAGGAAGGACAUCUCCAUAGGAUUAAUCCUGCUCCCUGGCAUCCAUGUACCUUCAAACGUCGCUGUAGCUGGAAUGGCCGCCGUGGAUGCCUACUGCCUGCUUUUUAGAUCUGCCACAAGCAGAUUCGACCAUGCAGCGCACUUGGGCGGCUCUGCAUUCGGGUACAUUUAUCCAAUAUACAUUCCAAAACUCCUUUGGGAAAACAAAAGAAGCAUUUUGGGAUUUGACAAGUAA